AUCUUGCCAGCGCCCAGAAGGACGAGGAGAUGAAGAGAAAAGGAUCGAGAUAGCGAAGCUCAAAAAAGGGCUACUAUCAAACCAGCUCUGGGAUCUAAAUGACAUGUGAAAGGCCGUACACGAAAUUCCAAGGGGAAGUAAGCCUUAGUAACGGCUUCAGAAAGGGGAGAUGGGGAACCAUUAUUUUCGCCAUUAUGCUCAUGGAUACGAUGUACAUGUUAAGAGUAAUACGGAGGAACUACCCAGUAAUCGCCAGAGGAACGGUGGUGUAUGCGUUGUCGCUGAGCCGAACAAGGUAUCUAAACAGUCAUCAUGCAUAUCCUAUCAUGUGUAACCCUAUCUGAACAAUCGCGCUGAUAUCCCUCCCCUCUCCAUAAAUAAUCAAUAUGAUACGGUGACAGUAUCCAAAAAAGAAAAAGCCAGAAUCCGGACGACACCAUCUCGCAAGUCUGCGAGCGUGUCUGCCUUUUUGCGCCUGAUUACAACCCC